AUGGAUGACUUACAGUCCUGUGAGAAUGAACGUGCUUCACUCCGUAUGACAGUGAUGGAGUUAGAAGAUCGUUUAGCCGAUGCAACAAAGGAGAUAAAUAGCAUAACAUCAGAUUAUAUAAAUGUCAAGGAGUCCAAUAACCAUGCUCAAGAGAGUCUAUCCAUUAUUCGAGAAGAAGUUAAGGGUCUCCAUUGUCAAGUUGAAGAACUGGCAGCGGAGAAAAGAUUUGUGCAGGAGAAAUAUGAUGAACUCAGCACUGCUGUUGAUGCUCGAGUUGAUCAGCUGAAGGUUGUUAUCAGUCAACGUGAAGAGGAGCUGCAGAGGGUCAAGGCCCAGCUGUUCCAAAGGAGUAACUUGGGUCCUUCCUUCCAGCAGGCUCAGAGUGACAUGUCCCAGAUACUUCGCUUGGAACAGGAGGUAAAGGAGAGGGAUGAAGAAAUUACUCGUCUCAGUCAGCAGUUAGCUGAAGCCACUCAGGAAAUUGAGUCUAGUGCUGUGAUUAUAAACAAACUCAAGAAGAGUCGAGUGAAAAGUAAAACAGGAUAUUGUUACAGUUCUGCAGUAGAAGGCGAUGCUGUUGUAAUAAACCAGCUGCGUGGAGAGCUGCAUGAGGCACAGCAGCAAGUGCAGCAGAUGCGGACACAGCUCUUGGCCGCGGAGGAAGAUGCCCAGCUCCAUGCUCAGGAUCUCUCGACAGUUAUUGGGGAAUUGCAGUCGUACAUGGCUGGCGAGUUCUCACUGGCUGAUGCUGUGAGGGAGUUGAAGGAAGCAAGGAGUCAAGUCCGCAUCAGGGACUCCCAGAUCACGCAGCUUACAGCCCUAGCCAAUACUUUGCAGAUUAACAUUAACGAUCUGCUGGAGGAAAAUGGUAGUCUCAGUUUAGAAAUUUAA